CUCCAACAUCGUCAAGGCUGUGCGGCUGCUUGGGGACAGACGCCGGGAGCAGUGUGGGAGUCAGCAGCAGGUUCACAGGCUCAGGCAAGAGGCGCUGGAGACGGCCAGGAUGCUCUGACAAUCGAGUCAGAGUCAGAGGAGUCAGACGUGGAGGAUGAGGAGAGUGGAGACCUCGAACUUGACCUGCCAGAUGAUUGGGAGAACAACAAGUUCCAGAGAAUGCCAUGCCUUGCCCACACCCUUCAGCUCACGCUGAAAGAUGCCAUGAAGCACCCAAGUGCUGAUUCACUCAUAACAAGAGCAAGAAAGCUGGUACAUGCUGUGAGGAAAUCGUCAGUGGCAAAUGAAGCAAUGAUCAAAAAGUGUGGCAAAACUCUGGUCCGGGACUGUAGCACACGCUGGAACAGCACUUUUGAUAUGGUGAGAAGACUGCUGGAGAUCAGAGCUGAACUAAACCAAGUACUUGAGGAGUUGGGCCUGGACACACUUCUCACAAGCGACUGGGCUAAGCUGGAGAACCUGGUCAAGCUGCUGGAGCCCUUUGCCAUUCACACAGACCAGCUUCCGAGUGACAGCCAGUCACUCUCACAAGUAGUGCCAUGCCUGCUCAACCUGCUCACCUGCUGACGACUACUGCUGGGAAGCAACUGGCUCAAAUCCUGCUGAAGUCCUUGCGAGAACGUUUUGCUGCCAUUCUUAACCCUGAUCCUACUGUUCUUCAGAAAUACCGCUUCCUUGCAUCCCGUAUGGAGGUCAACGUGUCAUCAACACAUCAGCCUGAUGUGAGCAAUAGUUUGUCGACCGAAAUGAAGAAGUAUACCGAUGAUGUCAAAGUGGGUGUGUUUAAUGAAACACCAUUGCAGUUCUGGAGAGCAAGAGAGGGGGUCUAUCCAAAACUGGCCCCUGCGGCAUUAGAUCUCGUUAGUGCCCCUGCCUCACAAGCCUUUGUGGAGCGCAUCUUCUCUGUGUGUGGGCUUUUGUCAUCUGGCCUGAGAAACAGAACAACCACAUCUCUGGAGCAGCGUGUUUUCCUCAAGAUCAACAAGAAAUUGUUGCUUGACUGAAGUACACCCAUCUCUCUCUUUCGCACCACAGUCAGACAGACAGACAGACAGACAGACAGACACAACACACACUCACACACACCUUGAAAAGCUGUAUUUGAGACAGCUCAUGCAUUCAAAAUGCAAGGACUUUUUGUUUACCAUGUUGAACAGAAGGCUAUGUAUGUACGUUUAAAUCAGGGCUCUUUAUGUGUUCAAAACAUUCACUUUAUUUACUUUAUGAUGUAUAAUAUAACACAAGAGGUAUUGUUAAUCAACUGCAAUAAUUUGCCAUAUAGCUGCUGCACCUCUAGUGCUGGGCAGUGCAAUUCAUAUGCAGUUAAUUUUGAGUUAGUUCGUCUGAUGGGGUUUUUGAGUUUGUUCCUGUUUUUCUCAGAUAGAGCUCACUGAGACUUGUGGCUCCUAAGCAAUGUGACAUGUCUCAUAAAUGGGUUUAUCUUGUUAUGGUCAUGUGUGUCUCUUUAGUCUGUUGGCUAUAGAUAUUUACCUGGCACACUACCUGCAUCUAACCUCAGAAGCAGUAUUAUAGAUGUUUUGUACUUAAGUCUAUCUUGUGAACUGUGAUUUGUGGAUGGCUGUUCAUCUUUCCUAACUAAAUACAUUUUUUAAAAUUGUGUCUUUGUGUAUGUGUUUUUAUUACACAAUAUUUAAGGUGACCUUUUUGAAUCUUGCACCCAACAAAUACCCCAUUACAAAAAACUAAAACUAACUAAUACUAACUAAUAAAAACUAAACUAAAACUAAGGAUUUUCAAAAAAUAAAAACUAACACACUCACUCUAAAAACUAACUAAAACUAACUAAAUUUGAAAACAAAAAUUAAAAACUAAAUAAAAACUAAAACUAACAGAAAAUCCAAAACUAUUAUAACCUUGGUUGAGACAAAUGCUGGAUCAGUGUUUUUUGUGAGUGAAGACUGGUCAAUUUGAAAUGCUUUUCGACAGUAAAAGCAAAGGACUCCAUUCACACUAUGGCUGUAAUGAAUCCAAGGAAAUUCUUUGAACCAUUUCUCUUGGAAAUGUGGGGUUCUCUUUGCAAGUUUUUGAACUGCUAUUUCCUUUGGAUUGGGCUGAUAUGGCUCAGUUAUCUGAUCUGGCCCUGCUCUUCCAUCUUAUGCUCCUUUACUGCCUGAGCAUCCACUGACCCCUGGCUGUUGCUGAUCCGGCUAAGAUAAACAUAAUAAAAGGUGAAAUGUCUAUCCUAAUAUUAAUAUUGCCUAAUAAACUAUGUCACUCCCUCCCUACUGUGAGUUCUUGACCCAGCUCAUGUCACAAUGCUUCAUCUCAUGACUAAUGUUUAUUCUUUCAACCUUACCUGUGAGCCUCCAGCCGCUCCUCCUCUACCUCCUCCAGCCUCUACUCCUCCAUCUCCUCGAAGAAAAAAAAAAAAUAAAGUUGCUCCUAACUAAACUCAACUGGUUGUUUCUGUCUCAUUAAGGUAACAAAGAGCUAGGCUUAGAUGCCUAUGAAACACAAGUUUUAUCGUGCUGAAACUUAUACUAUUACUACUAGGUUAUACACAAGUAUACUCUUCAGGAGCAUAGAUAAACCCAUUCAAACAAAGAAAACAUUUUACUCAGUCAGAUAUGAUUUCUAAAUGCCGGAGGUUACACUGUUCUGUGCAAUAUUUGGGUAAAUAAAAUAGUUCUAUACAUACCUCAGCCUACUGUUUAUUAUGUUUAAGACUGUGGGACAUUUCAAAUGUAAUUUCAGUGUGCCACCUUUCCACAGUCUGUGCCCCGAGCAUGCCCCCCCCCCCCCCCC